CACACACACACACGUAUAUUUUCCAUUCCUGAAGUUUGGCCUGUAAUGAGGUGUAUAUAUUUUUAGGACAUGAGAUGAACUUGACGGUUAUACUGGAUGAAGUCGUGGAACGGGAGCAGCGGUUUAACUGAACUCUCGCGAGGUUUGGGGUGAGAUCUCGUGCGGAGAGAGAGAGACACACAGAGAGAGAGAGAGAGAGAGAGCCGCACAUCAUUCCGGAGGAGACGACGACGUCUGGGUGGAGGUCUGUAGACGACUCACGGUAAUAUGGAGCUUCGGUGAGGAUGGAACUCUCCUUGACCAAACCAGGUAAAAUGGCCAAGACAAGGCUGUUUCGCAUCUCUCUCAUCCUGGGCUCCGUCUUUAUGAUCCUGCUUAUCAUCAUAUAUUGGGACGAUGUUGGAGCCAGCCAUUUUUACCUGCACACCACCAUAUCCGGACCGCAUUCGUCCCGCCUCCCACCCGAGAGUAACGCAGCUUCCAAAAACAAGGUCAAGGAAGACAAGGAGGGCUCGUUCCUGGCCGACAUUGACGCUUUUGUUAACCAGUUUCUGGAAGGCACCGCCGACCCGACGGAGCAAGUGAAGGCUGAAACGCCCCCCGGUGAGACUCACAACCAAUCCUCUGAAAAACCAGAAGAAAGAUUCGUCCCAAGGCGCGAGUGGAAGAUUCACCUGACCCCAAUUGCCACAGAGAAGAAGCAAAGGCAGGAUGAUAGGAAGCAGCUGAUCCACGAUCUUUGCAGCAGCAACAGCAGCUUCGACUUCCCUGGCAAGAACAGAACGUUCGACGACAUCCCCAACAAAGAGCUGGACCACCUGAUCGUCGACGACCGACACGGGAUCAUCUACUGCUACGUUCCCAAGGUGGCAUGCACCAACUGGAAGCGCAUCAUGAUCGUCCUGAGCGAGAGCCUGCUGGUGAACGGCGCACCCUACCAGGAUCCUCUGGACAUCCCCGGCGAGCUCAUCCACAACAGCACCGUGCACUUCACCUUCAACAAGUUCUGGAAGCGCUAUGGCAAGUUUUCUCGCCACUUGAUGAAAAUCAAACUCAAGAAGUACACCAAGUUCCUGUUCAUCCGAGACCCUUUCGUCCGUCUCAUCUCGGCCUACCGCAACAAGUUCGAGCUAGAGAACGAGGACUUCUACAAAAAGUUUGCCGUGACCAUGCUGAAAAAAUACAGCAACUACGUCGACCCGCCGGCGUCGGUGGUGAAUGCUUUCGCUGCAGGGAUCCGACCGACUUUUUCCAACUUUAUCCAGUACCUGUUAGAUCCGAACACUGAGAAAGAAAUGCCAUUUAACGAGCACUGGAGGCAAAUGCACCGCUUGUGUCACCCCUGUCAGAUAAAUUACGACUUUGUGGGAAAGCUGGAGACCUUGGACGAGGACGCCGAGCAUCUUUUGCGGAUCCUGCGUGUGGACAACGUUGUCCAGUUCCCACCGAGUCAUCACAACAGGACAGUCAGCAGUUGGGAGCAAGAUUGGUUCGCAGACAUACCUUACGAAUCGCGCAGACAGUUGUACAAGCUCUAUGAGGCCGACUUCAGACUCUUUGGGUAUCCCAAACCCGAGAACCUUUUACAUGACUGAAGGUUGGUUCUGGUCAGAGAAGUAUUUUCUUGCUGUUGGUUAUUUUAACUCUGUUUUGUUUGGUUUUGAAGAAGAUUUUUAUGGUCUUAUUUGUAUCCCCUGUCUCUGUGGGUUUCACUCCGGUUUUCUUAUCACACAGCCUUUAGAAAGAGUUUAUUAGAGUCUAAUCCAGAGUAACGUUCUGAGGUUUAACCGUACCCUGUAUGAAGAUGUAUAUUUUUUAUCUACUACAGAAACACAUCCAUAAGCAUGCAGUACUGUACUGUAAAGCUGUUAAUUAUUGUAAGAAAUCAUAAAAUGAUUUUUUUUUUGUUAAGUAUUAUUUUUUAAUGGAUCUUGUCCUCAGUCAACUUUUUUUUGCACUUUUAUGUUAUGUACAUUAAGGACAAUGCACAAAGACUAUGUAAAAUAUUUUGCUGUAUUACCUAUUGCACACAUACAGCACGGUCCAAAAGUCUGGAUUCUGACGAUUGUUCUAUAUAUAU